UUUUUUCCACUGCUGCAGGAAACACCAGGCUGACAUUUGGAUUAUUGCUCUCUCUGUAGACUUCUUGCACAGGAAUGGCCAAAGAGCAGAAACAAAGCAGGGCAGAAACAUUCGUACUGCACGGCUCAAAUGGUCACAAUGGCCAACAGUGGCAGACUGCUAUGAGUAGCUUGACCGGCCACUCUCCAGGCCAGAACCACACGUCGAGGAUGGCCCGCGUUGCCUUGGACGUGAGGCACAAGUGCGCUGCCUAUGUGCUCGCACUGAGGCCUUGGAGCUUCAGUGCCUCGCUCACGCCCGUGGCCCUCGGCAGCGCUCUGGCGUACAAACUGGAUGGCUCUGUGGACUUGGUCGUCCUCAUGGUGUGCGCGGUGGCUGUCCUCGUGGUCCACGGGGCGGGAAACCUUGUGAACACCUACUAUGACUUCUCCAAAGGGAUCGACCACAAGAAGAGUGACGAUAGGACUCUUGUGGAUGAAAUCUUGGCGCCGCAGGAUGUUGUCAUGUUCGGUGCAUUGUUAUAUUCCUUGGGGUGCUUGUGUGCCACUCUGCUCUACUUCCUGUCUACCCUGAGACUGGAGCACCUAGCCCUUAUUUACUUUGGUGGACUCUCCAGCUCUUUUUUAUACACUGGAGGCAUCGGCCUGAAGUAUGUCGCUCUGGGAGACGUGGUCAUCCUCAUCACCUUCGGCCCGCUGGCGGUCAUGUUUGCUCAUGCGGUGCAGGUGGGCUAUCUCUCCGUGCUGCCGCUGGUGUAUGCCGUCCCGCUGGCCCUCAACACAGAAGCCAUCCUCCACAGCAACAACACCAGAGACAUGGACUCAGACAAGCAGGCGGGCAUCGUCACCCUGGCCAUCCUCAUAGGCCCCACGCUGUCCUACAUCCUCUUCAACCUGCUGCUCUUCAUCCCCUACGUGCUCUUCUGCAUCCUCGCCACCCGUUACACCAUCAGCAUGGCGCUGCCUCUGCUCACGCUGCCCAUGGCCUUCCCCCUGGAGAAGCAGUUCCGCAGCCGAUGCUACGCCAAGAUCCCCCAGAAAACAGCCAAGCUCAACCUGCUCAUGGGACUUUUCUACGUGUUCGGGAUCAUUCUGGCUCCUCCUGGCAGCUUGCCGCUCCUGUGAUGAUUUAGCUUUCAAAUUCAAAAAUGUCGUUUUAAUACAGACUAGUUUAUGUACUAUUUGUAUUUGUACAAAGCUUUGUGAGGGUUUUCAUUGGCUUUAAUUUAUUGUCUAAUUUAUAUGUUGAACAGAGACUUAGUUUAGGUCCUCCUCUGACACUGAAGGUGUAAUCGGACUCAUUCUUUUUCCAGUAUUAAGUUCGCUGUAACAUGUUGCUUAAAGUAAGAAAUGUUGGUGUCACAGUGUAGAGGUAGACAACAUUUUCAUCAUGUAAGAGCAGACAAUAAACCUUCUGAUGCCAUUACUGUUGUGUCAGACACUGACAGCUUAAAACAUCACUAAAGCAUAAUUUCUAAAUUCUCAACAUUAUACUUUGUACGGUACACACCGCUAAAGUUGUUUCUUUUUUUUAUGUUUCAUUUUCAUGUUUCAUUUUGGAGAGCCAAAUAGUAUUUUAUUUGAUUGUAAUAAAACUCACAGAUGCUGA